UUCUCCCGUAGUGAAAGGGGUUUGGGAAAUCUGAUCCAGUCUGUCAGUCCCGGAAGGACGUCUGAGCCCUCUCUCCCUUUUUAAUAUAAGAAGAAUUCGAAAGCAGUGGGGAAGCUUGCUAAACCUAUCACAGCAUUGCUAACAGACAGCCUAUUACAGUAUUUAAUAAAAACAGAAACAGCAUGCUUAUCGUAGGCUAAUAAGCCUACCUCCUGUGCGCUUUAAAGACAGUGUGAAGCAGCUCUAACAGAGCUUCAGAUAACUAAUUUCAAGCAUGGCCGUGUAGCGUGCCAGUCACUCCUAUUGUCCUUCCAAACUCUUUCAGACAUUUUGAGCUGGGAGUAUUAAAGCUAUGAGUUAGCAAGGGUUGUGACAUUAAUGGUACAGAAAAGCUUUAGGCACGAGAGGUAAUGAUGAUUACGGGUGGCUCUUUGGAGGACUGCACUGGAUCUGGAUCGCUGUCCUUAAAAAUUAAGCGUGGCUUUUGAGGAAGAUGUGACAACUACGGGAGGUCUUUUCAUCAUUCCUCCAGGACUUCCACCAUAAGGGAAGAAGCUCCUGGACCAACAUCCUCUAAGAUGUUUAUAUGGACCAGUGGCCGGACCUCUUCAUCUUACAGACACGAUGAGAAAAGAAAUAUUUACCAGAAAAUCAGAGACCACGACCUACUGGACAAAAGGAAAACUGUCACGGCACUGAAAGCAGGCGAGGACCGGGCCAUUCUCCUGGGACUGACCAUGAUGGUGUGCUCCAUCAUGAUGUACUUUCUACUGGGCAUCACCCUGCUGCGCUCAUACAUGCAGAGUGUGUGGACCGAAGAGUCUCAAUGCACCUUGUUGAAUGCGUCCAUUACGGAAACAUUUAACUGCUCCUUCAGCUGUGGCCCAGACUGCUGGAAACUCUCUCAGUACCCUUGCCUCCAGGUGUACGUUAACCUGACUUCUUCAGGCGAAAAGCUUCUUCUGUACCACACCGAAGAGACGAUAAAAAUCAAUCAGAAGUGCUCCUAUAUUCCUAAGUGUGGGAAAAAUUUCGAAGAAUCCAUGUCUCUGGUGAAUGUUGUCAUGGAAAACUUCAGGAAGUACCAGCACUUUUCCUGCUAUUCUGACCCGGAAGGAAACCAGAAGAGUGUCAUCCUCACCAAACUCUACAGUUCCAAUGUGCUGUUCCAUUCCCUCUUCUGGCCCACGUGUAUGAUGGCUGGGGGUGUGGUGAUCGUCGCCAUGGUGAAACUCACACAGUACCUCUCCCUGCUUUGUGAGAGGAUCCAGCGGAUCAAUAGAUAAAAGCAAAGUGGAUGACAUUAUUUUUUUUAAAGCUCAAAUACUGUUUUCUUUCAUUCUUCACCAAAGAACCUUAAGUUUGUAAUGUGCAGUCUGUUAUGAGUUCCUUAUACGUAGAGCAAUAAUGUAAAAGCUGUUCUAUAUGCAAAUAUGAUGUCUUUAUUAUUCAGGAGAAGAAGUAACUAUGUUGUGUUGGUUGUUCUCCUAAUCUUGUUUCUGUGCUGGAAAUAGUACUUCCUUCUCUCGUUCAGCCAAAAUAGGGCUCAGUUAUUCAUUUGUCAAGGUUUGUGGAAGAAUGUAGACAAUGUUAACGUGAUAAGUUCUGUGUUCUGAGUUGUCAGAUCUCUUGAAAACAUUUCUGCAAUAUUUUCCAUCAUUUAUUGUUUACUAAAGCUGCAGCCAAAAAUAUUUUUUUCUUUUCUUACUUGAAACUGAGCCCUACAGCAAGUGAAGGGACCAGAUUUCCUCCCUAAAAGAUGUUAACACAUUUUCCUUGUAUUUCUUUCCACCAUCUGGGAGUAAAGAAGGGGGGAAUAAGCCAGCUAUAUUUCUUUAAUUACUUUCUAUUCAUAACUUUAGAAUUUUUAAAACUGAUUUCCAAAAUAAGCUGUUUUCAUUAACCGACUCUAUAUUUUUUCCUGUGGUUUAAAUAGAAAGUGAACAGACCCUUUUCCAUGUAAGACCUGCUGCUGUGUGAGAUGCCCCUUCAAGGAGUUUUGUUACCCGUGAACUGACUUAAUGUUGAGUAGAUGCUCCAUUAUAAUCCACAAAAGUCUAUGUUACCAAGAUACAUGUGUGAAAAUCUUUAUUCCAUUUUAAUUGAACUGUUAGGUGGUAAAACUAAGAUCCUACUUGCUGGUCAAGACUAGUGGACUUAUUUCAAUGGGUAAAUCUACUGUGGCAAAUUAACAUGCUGGAAUUUAUGUUUAAUGAGUGUGUAAUCUCUCUCUUUCUAACAUGUGUUCCCUACUGGGAUUUUAAAGCUGUGUGCACAGAAUAUUUGUCUCCUCUACAUGUUUUAUUUUUUCUAUUUUCAAUUGCCUUUUUUGUUGCUAGAUUUUAUACACAGAACAGAUCUUUUUUCCUAACACACACUUGAACUAAAUAAUAGAUUUGAAGAAAGCCUUUGUUCAUCUGUUAGAGGGUGGGGGGAAUGAGGGAUUGGUUUCCGACUAAAACAUUCCAUCUUUUAUUUAAUGUCAAUAUCAAAAAGAGAAGACAAACAUCUAUCUUUUUCAUCUAUAUUUAAAUACCUUUUUGUAUGUUGUUUUCUAGGUAUUGCACAAUUUUACAGAUCAUAUAUGUGGAAUGAAUGGUAAAACUAAUCUGAUGAAGUGAAAGUUUUCUGCAAUAUUGUAAUUCAUAGUUUACUUUUCAUAAGCAAAUAAAUCCCUAGGGCAUAAUCAGGA